ACUCUUUUAACUUCUCCACGUUGGAGGUUCCUGCUCUGGGGCUUCACACCUUAAUCAUUCACUUAUCACUCUCCGUCCCACGCACCCGACUUUUUAUCUCCCCGCGAUUUCUACCCCACACUGUCAGACCCGGCUGGAUUGGUAGAUAAGACUACAAGCGACUUGACUCGCUCCAGCGGGAGCUAUCCCACGACCCAAGACACAAAGUCUACUAUGCGGCCCAGAACGCCUGCUUUAAACGUCGGCCACACUGUGGCCGGCGGUAAGCCGACUUCACCGCCCGAGACACCAACGAGAACAUCGCCCAUGCAAAAUCGACCCUUGUCGUCCGGCGCUAAAUCGUCGUCACAGGCGAAAGCGCACCAUUACAAAGGUCCAGGGCCCAACAUUCGGCCCUUGGGUGGGAAUAAAUUUAGCUACACUCGAGAUCCACGUGCUGAGGAGAUCUCUCCACGGUCUUCGCACUCUAGUGACGAUGAAUCUGAGUCGUCAGCAAGCAUACCCGAGUCCCUAUUGUCGGGUAGGCAUGGUUUCCACAAGCGCCAUGGCUUUCAGUUCACUACUGCAGCGGCCGCCAUUGCUGCUAUAAGCGGUGGCGCAACUAUCCGCAUCGAGGAGGCUGGCUUCGCGGUCGAGGACCUGAGUGACUACUCCCUCGAUAGUGACGAAGAGAUAGAUCUAGACGUAAUUCGACCGUAUGCCAUUGAAUAUGGUGGAGAAUCUGAACGCAGCCGAUCGGCAUCCCGGGCGGCACAUGAAUUAGAUCCUGCCCUCACAGCUGGGGUUAGGCAUUUAAGUACUUUCGACUCAGACAGUGAGGAGCUAGAUCCGGACGAUGAGUUCCAAAUGCAACUGAGACUAGAUCGUCAGGCACGGCGUAUACGUCGAAUGAAGUCCGGCAGCAUUAGCAAACGCACAAUUAGCGAGCGAGACAGCGAUUCCGAUCGGGAAGAUAUCCUGCCCUGGGUCGAUGCGAAUGAUCCCGGCCCCGGUCCUGUCUAUCGGCGGGUCCGACGAAAAGGAGAAAACCGCACCAGUAUUCAUUUUUCCGGUCCUCUACCAGAGAGGAUUGAAGAGCUCAAGGAGCCUAAUAGCGAUGACGAAGUCAUUAUCGAUGAUGCUGAGCUCUUCGCUCGCGAGUUGCCAUACUUCUCUUUCAUGGAAGUUGAUUAUGCUUGAGAGGCCCCAUAGAGCAAUAAUAGGAGCAAUUAGCGACUUAAAAUUAGCUGCUGUUCCGCAGUGCCUAUUUUGAUGAAGCUAUCAGUUCCGCUAUUGGAUCUGGGGUUCGAGCAUAUGAUUACC